AUGACCUUAGCAAAAGAGAACUUCCACAGUGCCCUUCCACCCGCUUCCCAGAUGGCCAGCAUCGAGAUGGACAGUACUCGAGAGAACGAGGCGUCUCUGCUGAAAUCUCUGAUGAGGACUGGGGCAGUGGUGCCGCGGAAGCGCGCGGCGGGGAGGCUGGUCAUGCACAGCAUGGCCAUGUUCGGCCGGGAGUUCUGCUACGCCGUGGAAGCUGCCUUUGUCACGCCGGUGCUGCUCAGUGUAGGGCUGCCCAAGAACCUCUACAGCCUGGUGUGGCUCAUCAGCCCCAUCCUGGGCUUCGUGCUGCAGCCCGUGGUAGGUUCAGCCAGUGAUCACUGCACCUGUAGCUGGGGAAGGAGGCGACCUUUCAUUCUGGGUCUGGGCAUCAUAAUGCUGUUAGGCAUGGCUUUGUACCUCAAUGGGGACGUGAUGGUCUCAGCUUUCAUCGAUGAGACAGACAAGAAGCGGACAUGGGCAAUAGUCAUUACCAUGCUGGGAGUAGUGCUUUUUGAUUUUGCAGCUGAUUUUAUUGAUGGCCCCAUCAAAGCAUAUUUAUUUGAUGUCUGCUCUCAUCGGGAUAAAGAGAGGGGUCUGCAUUACCACGCCCUCUUUACAGGUUUAGGAGGAGCCCUGGGCUACCUGACAGGUGCUAUGGAUUGGAGUCUGACUAUACUAGGAUAUUCCUUGCCGUCAGAGUUCCAGAUGAUUUUCUUGCUCUCAGCCUUGGUUUUCCUAAUCUGCCUUACCCUACAUCUGCGCAGUAUUCCCGAAGUCCCGCUCAGAUAUGAAAACGAAGAGCAAAAGUUCCUGUUGGAAAUGACCAAAUCAUUUAAGUAUAACUCCACAGAGGGGGAAAACAGGAAUGGUUACUCAAAGCUGACACUUGCUGAAAGGAAGGCUGCAGCUACACCAAGGAACCACCGUGCUACAGACUGUAGAGAGGAUCAAAGGCGGAUGACCCUUAAAUCACUCUUGAAGACUCUUUUAAGCAUGCCAUCCCACUAUCGCUACCUCUGCGUGAGCCACCUCUUUGGAUGGAUGGCUUUCCUGUCCAACAUGCUCUUCUUCACGGAUUUCAUGGGACAGGUUGUAUACCAGGGCAGUCCUUAUGCACCUCGUAACUCCACACUUUACCUUACCUACAGAACAGGAGUAGAGAUGGGAUGCUGGGGGCUCUGCAUCAAUGCAAUUUCUUCAUCAGUCUAUUCUUACCUGCAGAAGAUCAUUCUGCCAUAUGUAGGAUUAAAGGGACUUUAUUUCACUGGAUACCUACUUUUUGGACUGGGCACUGGAUUAAUUGGCUUGUUUCCCAAUGUCUACUCCACUCUGGCUCUGUGUUCCCUCUUUGGUGUCAUGUCCAGCACGCUCUACACAGUGCCAUUCCACCUCAUUGCACAGUAUCACAGGGAAGAAGAGAGCCUGAAGCUGCAGGAUUGGGAACAAUCUGGAGACCACGAGCGAGGGAAGGGCAUUGACUGCGCUGCCCUCACCUGCAUGGUCCAGCUGGCCCAGAUCAUCCUGGGCGUGGGCCUGGGGCUGCUGGUCAGCGUGGCGGGCAGCGUGGUCACCGUGAUUUCGGCCUCCAUGGUGGCGCUGAUCGGCUGCUGCUUCGUCGCCUUUUGCGUUCGGUACGUGGAGUAG